UUUAUAUUCAUUUCUGCUUUUAAAAAUACAUUACACAAAGAGAGAGAGAGAGAGUCUCCAUCGGAUCCGUCUUCUUCUCCUCUAAACCGAUCUAAUUGUUGUUAUGGCGGAGGAACACAGACUUCAAGAACCAAAACUAUGCGCUAACAAUUGUGGUUUCUUCGGAAGCACCGCUACGCAAAACCUUUGCUCCAAAUGUUUUCGAGAUCUACAGCAUCAACAACAAAACUCUUCCACCGCUAAACACGCUCUUAAUCAAUCCCUAGCCGCCGCAGCCGCUUCCGCCGUUUCUUCUCCCGACGGUGGUGCUGCGUCGUCCUCUGUAUCGCCACCUCUACCUCCUCCUCCAGCUGAUACCGUUGUCAAAACGAAUUUGGGGAAAGGAGCGGCGGCUGAUGCGGUGGAGGAGGAGGAAGGACCGCCGCAAGAUCCGAAGCGGUGUUUGACUUGUAGGCGGCGAGUUGGAAUAACGGGGUUUCGUUGUAGGUGUGGUUUUGUUUUCUGCGGGACGCAUAGGUACGCGGAGCAGCAUGAAUGCUCCUUUGAUUUCAAGCGGAUGGGGAAAGAUAAGAUCGCUAAGGCGAAUCCGAUUGUGAAAGCUGAUAAGCUCGAGAAGAUUUGACAUGUUUGUUGUUGUUGUUGUUUCUGUUGCUUUGGUUUGUGAGUUUGGGAUGAAUGAAAACACAUACACAUGAACCAGAGAGAGCAAGAAAAACAUGCUAUUGUAAAUUUUAAUCUUUAUCAUUUUAAGCUUAUUUGAUUUCUUUUAGUUUGGUUCCAGUCCAAGUGUUUUGGUUAUCAAUAUUGAUUUUGAUUGUUUCGUUUGAUGUUCAUGUAGAAGCUUAAAGUAGAAUGUGAAAUUUGUAGAAUUGGGUUU